AUGGAUGCAACACAGCCGGACUAUGUGUGCAAGCUAAAGAGAUCACUCUACGGCUUGAAGCAAUCGCCUCGCAUGUGGAACCAAACAAUCGAUGGGUUCAUGAUCAAGAUGGGAUUCAAGAAGUGCGAAUCGGACCACUGCAUCUACAUCAAGCGAGACGACCAAGACAUGAUUCUCGUCGUGCUCUACGUCGAUGAUCUCAUCCUGGCCAGCAGCAACAACGAACUCCUCAAGUCGACCAAGAUGGCGCUGAGCAAACGCUUCGAAAUGACGGAUCUCGGUGAGCUCGAUUACUUUCUCGGCAUGGAGAUCAAGAACGACCGUAAGACGGGAAUGGUGAUUGUGCAACAAACCAAGUUUCUCAAGUCCGUGUUGACCAAGUUCGGAAUGGAUAACAGCAAGCCAGUGAAGACGCCUCAAGAUCCCGGCCUGAAGCUAACCAAGAACAUGUGUGAACAAGAAUGCAAGCACGAAGACACCAUGUGCAACGUGCCAUAUCGAAGUGCUGUCGGAGGCAUCAUGUAUCUCAUGGUCGCCACACGUCCGGAUCUAGCUGCUGCAGUGGGAUCAUUAUCCCAGUUCUCGUCCGACCCAUGCCCGACUCACUGGCAAGCUUUGAAGCGUGUGCUGAGAUACCUGCAAGCAACGCCCAAUCAUGGUCUUGAGUUUACAUGUGAAGAAGGAAGCCGUAUCUGCGGGUACACCGACGCAGACUGGGCCGGCGACAUUGAGUCAAGACGAAGUACAAGCGGCUAUGUGUUCAUGAUGAGCGGAGGAUGCAUCAGCUGGAAAAGCCAGAAACAACGGACGGUCGCGCUAUCUUCAACAGAAGCAGAAUACAUGGCGCUUUCCGAAGCAACCAAAGAAGCAGUAUGGCUCAAGGUGCUUUUGGGGGAACUUGGUGAGAUGACAAGCGACGAAGCGAUCAAGAUGUAUGAAGACAACCAAGGAUCAAUCGCUCUCGCCAAGAACCCGGAGUUCCAUAAGAGAACAAAACACAUCGACAUACGCUACCAUUUUGUGCGUAAGAGGGUGGAAUCAGGUGAAGUCGUUUUGGAGUAUUGCCCGACUCAAGAUAUGCUGGCAGACAUGAUGACCAAGCCGAUCGCCGCUGUACAAUUUGAAAACAUUCGCGAUCGACUUGGGAUCCAAGGUGCCGCAGCUAACGAGUCGAGAGGGAGUGUUGAAAAGACAGCGGCUGUGAAGAAUGUUGAAAAGACAGCGGCUGUGAAGGAGACACCUCGUCAAGCUGCGUCAAGUGUUGAAGCAAGUGGAAGACCAAGCCUCGCUAAACCGGUGGGUACCGGUAUGUACCAGUAA